AUGACGCGACGUUGUUCCCAUUGCAGCCACAAUGGGCACAACUCAAGAACGUGUCCCAACCGUGGCGUUAAGCUUUUCGGAGUUCGAUUAACCGAUGGGAUCCGAAAGAGUGUUAGUAUGGGUAAUCUUAGUCAUUAUACUGGUUCCGGGUCUGGAUCCCUUCAUACCGGGUUAAAUAAUCUCGAUUCACCCGGUGAAACACCUGAUCACGCCGCCGUUGCUGACGGUUACGCCUCUGAGGAUUUUGUUCCUGGCUCUUCUUCUACUUCCCGUGAAAGAAAAAAGGGAACUCCAUGGACUGAGGAGGAACAUAGAAUGUUUUUACUUGGAUUGCAGAAGCUGGGCAAAGGUGACUGGCGUGGAAUUGCUAGGAACUAUGUUAUAUCAAGGACACCGACUCAAGUGGCCAGUCAUGCUCAGAAAUAUUUCAUCAGGCAAAGCAAUGUGUCUAGGAGGAAAAGACGGUCCAGCUUAUUCGAUAUUGUUCAAGAUGAUGCAGCUGACACUUCAAUGGUACCACAAGACUUCAUGUCAGCUAAUCAGCUACAGACUGAAACAGAAGGCAACAACCCUUUGCCUGCUCCUCCCCCGCUCGAUGAAGAAUGCGAAUCCAUGGAUUCCACAAACUCAAACGACGGAGAAUCUGCCUCUAUCCCAUUAUUAAAGCCUGAUAGCAAUGCACAAACAUCGUCAUAUCCGGUAGUAUAUCCGGCAUAUUAUUCUCCAUUCUUCCCAUUUCCUCUUCCCUAUUGGUCCGGAUACAGUCCGGAGCCCGCUCCUAAGAACGAGACACAUGAAGUGGUGAAGCCAACCGCAGUACAUUCCAAGGCCCCGAUCAAUGUCGAUGAACUCGUUGGCAUGUCUAAACUGAGUUUAGGAGAGACUAUUGGCGAUGCCGGCCCCUCGACUCUGUCUCGUAAACUACUCGAAGAAGGACCUUCUAGACAGUCUGCUUUUCAUGCAACACCAGCUUGUGGGACUGUUCUGUAA